CAUUGCUCCAUCGCCUCCUCCUCCUCCUCCUCUCUGUUUCUCUCUAUCUCUCGAUUCAAUCGCUGCCUCUACCACCAAAGCCAUGCUUCUCAGGGCUUCUCCUUCUCUCUCCCUCCCACCCCACGCCUCCGAUGGCGCUGCGGCCUCCCCGGCCUCUCUCAGCGCUUUUGUGAGGAUUUCCAAAGGUGUUUCUAAGAGGAAAAAUGCUUCCUUUGUUCCUAUGGUUGUUUCCGGUGAUAAUAGCCGGCCUAUGGCCGGUGUUAUCUUUGAGCCCUUUGAGGAGCUCAAUCAGGAUAGCUCCUUCCUUGUUCCUUCCAUGCCUGACCAGUCCCUUGCCAGGCAGAAGUUCACAAAUAACUCUGAGGCAGCAAUCAACGACCAGAUCAAUGUUGAGUACAAUGUUUCAUAUGUCUAUCAUGCAAUGUAUGCAUACUUUGACCGUGAUGAUGUAGCCUUAAAGGGCCUUGCUAAGUUCUUUAAGGAAUCCAGUGUUGAGGAAAGGGAACAUGCUGAGAAGUUGAUGGAAUACCAGAAUAAACGUGGAGGUAGAGUCAAGCUCCAAUCUAUAAUGAUGCCUCCCUCCGAAUUUGAUGACUCUGAGAAAGGAGAUGCAUUGAAUGCAAUGGAGCUGGCUUUGUCUCUUGAGAAGUUGACAAACGAGAAACUUCUUAAUUUACAUAAUGUAGCAACCCAUAACAAUGAUGUUCAGCUGUCAGACUUUGUUGAGAGUGAGUUCCUAGGAGAGCAAGUGGAAGCUAUAAAGAAGAUUUCUGAAUAUGUUGCACAAUUGAGAAGGGUGGGCAAAGGACAUGGUGUAUGGCAGUUUGAUCAGAUGCUUCUUCAUGAAGGGGCUGCUGCUUGAGGCUCUUCAUUUGCUUUGUGUUGUUGCUUUGUUGAGAGAGUUUUUAAUUAUGUGUAGCUUUUGUUGGCCUUGAGGGCAGUGAGAGUCUGUGUUUUCUUGCCGUCUAAUGAGAAGAAAUAACUAUGAAUCAAAUUGUGAACCAGAAGUUUAAUCUACCAGAAUUUGAACCUUUUUGUUUUGAGCAAAAUGAUUAUGUUGUUUUGUCCUGCUAUUUACCGGCCUUUGCAAUAAAAGAGUGAUUAUUCA